UUCAAUCAAUCAUUCUGAGCAUUUAGUAAGAGUCGUAUGAUAAUGAUGUCCAGAGAACUCUUUAUUUUAAUUGGAAAAGUUCAUGGAAUUAUGGAUGAUCAUUAUAUAUAUAGUCUGUAAAGGACAACCUAAAGAAAGAAAUGAAAUGAAUAUUUGAUCAUAUCUCGAAAAUUACGAAAACCUUGAGUCGUGAAUAAAUGGUUGGCAAGCCUUUCAGGGAUUCCCCAACGUUGACUUAUAAAGGCGUGUCAAAAACAAUUACACUCUACAAAUAUAACAUUAGAAAUUCAUAAUCCAGAAUGGAGUUACAGCCAAAAACAAGUUUCGAAAUAGAAAACUCGCCAUGCAUUACUUCAGAUGAAUACUUUAUGGGAAUAGCAAUUCUUCUUGAGAAACUAUCCGAAAGAAAUUGUUAUCCUGUGGGUGCGUGUAUAGUUAAUAGUAAUCAAAGGAUUGUCGGAACUGGAUAUAACACUAUACACAAAGGAUGGAAUAAUGACGAAGACAUGAGAUCUCUUUUUUUGUGCCAUGCAGAAGCGGCAGCUAUUUUAAAUAAAACUUCAACGGAUGUCAAAGGAUGUACAAUGUAUGUUACAAAGUUUCCUUGUAAUGACUGUGCAAAAAGAAUAAUAUCAUCCGACAUAAAAAAAAUAAUAUAUUGUGAUAUGAAGCGCAACUACAUGUAUACUACAAAAAGAAUACAAGCCGCAAAAAAAAUAUUUGCUGCUAAUGGCGUAACUUACGAGGAAUGUACAACAAUUUAUAACAAGCUUGUUCCUAAAGUUUAUUAUAGAUUUUCACGAUUGACAAACGAGGAAUGUUUUAUGGGAAUAGCGCUUCUUAUUUCAAAACAAUGUGAAAAUGUGGAAAGAAUUGGUGCAUGCAUUAUUAAUAAGAAUAACGUUAUUGUCGGCGUUGAAUAUAACAGCCUCUCUAGAAAAAUGAAUCAAAUAGAAAACUCUCUACAACAAAACAUUCCUGCUUCAUACUUCAAUGUAUGUUACGCAGACUUUAUAAUUAAUUCAAUUCUAAGUAUUUCAUGUGAUGUUGAAGACUGCACAAUAUAUGUCACUACUUUUCCUUGCAAUGAAAUUGCGGAAGUAAUAGUACAGUCUGGCAUAAAAACAGUUAAAUACUUGUGUGAAAAUAUUGAUGAUGAAACAAAAGCUGCAAAAGAGAUAUUUGACGCUUAUAGUAUAAAAUACAGACAAUUUAAUGGAAAGAUUUCAAACAUAGAAAUUUUUAAAAGUUAUUACAGACUUGAAUGUAGCAUUAGAAGUUAUCAGAACAAAAAACAAUCGUUUUUUACUCAAAAAGUAAAAGAAGAACAUAAAAAAACGGCAGAUGAAAAGAAAAGAAGAACAAGAAAGAAAAAUCGACAAAUACAAAUUGCAAAUAACACACACACACACACACACACAUUAAAAAUGAAAGUUCUACAAAAUUGAAUACGGCAAUAGAAAAAACCAUUGAACAAAAUCAAACAAAAAAGGAACAUCAAGAAAAGGAAGAAGAAAAAAAAGAACAAUA